CUCACAUUCCACAGAACUCACAGAUACUAUCGUCUUGAAUAUCGAUAGAAUAAACAAUGUCAACUUCUAAGCCACCAUCAUUCUUCGUCUCUCUUCCUGUCGCGUCUCUCAGCUCCUCCACCGACUUUUAUAAGUCUCUUAACUUCACCCCUCUUGAUGAUUAUUCCGACGACGACACCGUGGCAUUCCGCUUCCCUUACAAGUCCAACGCCAAUAUCUGCCUCAUGAUACACUCUACCUCGCGGUUUGAACAAUUCAUCCGCCGUGGUUCAAAGAUUGUACAUGCAAAGGAGGUCACUGGCGCCAUAUACACCUUAGGUGUGCCGAAUAAGGAAGAUGUAGAUGGGUUCCUGGAAAAGGCUGAAAAGGCGGGUGGCAAGAAAGACCCUUUUGAAAUGAAGGAGUAUGGGAAAGAUUUGGGACUAUAUACGAGAAGUUUCGAGGACAUGGACGGGCAUAUCUGGGAAGCAACAACAAUGUUGAACGAGAAGGCAAAGGAGAAAGCAUGAUCCUGGUUUAUUGUACUUGAACCCUUUGUAAUUAUUCCUACAAUACUGGUUACUGUAUAUGACUUGACGGAGUUGGGUUUAAUCUUCAAACCAACAUAUUUAAGUUCAUUUCGCUAUACAUCUAUGAUCAUGCA